CAAUCUUUACGAACAAGGGACAUGAAGUGAUUUUAAAAGUGCGAGUGUAAAUGCGAAAUUGGAAUCGUUUAAAAAAGAGUGCUGCAGUCACUUGUUUUUAAACGUCAACCUUAAAAGUGUGUAACGGUUGGCCUUAAAAGGACGUUUACAUUUUAGUGGAUCUUAUAUAAAGUCAAAUAUCUAGAAAUUCUUCGGUUAAUAUGUUGCAAAAGAAGUAUCUUUUCUCUUCAGAAUUUGUAAUUGCUGAAAGAAAGAAUACUCAGGUGAAUGAAAAUAUACAGAGAAAACAUGAAAAGUAUACAAUGCCAUUACAUAGAAUAGAUUCAUUGGACAAACUUACACACGAUGAGAUGAGUUGGGGAUCGCAACAGAGUGUUUACGUACCACAUGAAGUAACAUUACAAUGUUCAAGUGAGGGUGACUCUUCUUCUCUAUCCACCAGCUUUACUAGCUCAUCGAUAUCGGAUGAUUGUGAGUGGCCUUUGAAUGUAGGAAAUGAAAAGAGAGAGAAAAUAAUUCAAAAUAAAUGGGGUGGAUACGCACUUGAUAUAGAAUUAUGGGCAGACAGGAACUCACCCGUUGUAAAUAUUCUAAACCGUCGUGAAAUGGAAUUAACUCCAAGUGAAUUUUGUGGUAUUUUGUCAGAUCGCAUGGUUGGUGCAUGUUCAUCGUUUCUGACAAAAUGUCCAGAAAACGAAACACUCAUCUUAAGUAAAUGCGAGCUAAGAAAAAUGAACCUUGUGGAUAUUUCAAUUCUACGCCACCACCGUUACCUUCAAUAUUUAGAUUUGACACAUAAUAAACUCACUGAUUUGAGUCCAUUAGGGGGAAUACCAUAUUUAAUGUACUUAAACGUGUCGCGUAAUAGACUCAAAUCUGUGCUGAAAUUUACUCCUCCUUGGUACUUGACCUAUGUCAACUUAUCAUAUAAUAACAUAACGGAAAUAGAUGAUUUGAGCGAAUUUUGGAGCAUUGUCAGAUUGGAUUUGUCUCACAAUGCAAUAGAACAAAUUACCGGCUUGCAUAAUCUAAAGCAUUUGCGGUAUUUAAAUUUGUCAUACAAUUUGAUCAAGUGCAUCGAAAAUCUGGACAAACUAAAUAUACAGGAGCUUAAUUUAGAAUACAACUGUAUUACAACAUUUAAAUCUGCCGAUCCUAGGUUAUCUUUAAACACAUUAGCAAACCUUCGUACCCUUCUACUAGGUCACAAUAAAUUAUCCACUCUUGAGUUCUUCAAGGAUGCAUAUGCCUUGCGUAUCGUAGAUCUAAAAUACAAUAAAAUAGCGGAUUUAUUAGAGGUUUCCUAUCUGAGUGGUUUGGUAUACGAAGUGGAUUUCAGAGGUAAUCCUUGUACAAAGUGGCCGAAUUAUCGAGACGUUUUGUUGUUUUCUAUGCCAAGUGUUAUGUACGUUGAUGGUGGCGAAGUCUCUGUCACUGAAAAGAUAUCUGCUUCGACAUUAUUCAAGCCAACGUUAGAUCUUUUAGCUGCACGAAGUAUUACUAAAUUAACAUUAUUGGAACAAUUGAAUCCACCAAAUAUUGGUAUGCAUGUUACUCCAUAUGAUCAAACUUGUCCACCUGUAGUCGUCCUGAGUGGACCAUCCGCCGUGAAGAAGAUAUCAUUGGCGCUGAAAAUAGCAGACACCUUAUCCAAUAGAGUUAAAUAUUGUCCGAGUCAUACAACGAGAGACCUUAUAUCAUUUGACGAAGACCCAAGAUCAUAUCAUUUUAUAGGCAGAGAAGAAUUCAAUGAAAUGGCCAGGCGUGGAGAAUUCUGUUCCAUUCAAGAAUAUUUAGGGGACAGUUAUGGAUUUCAUAUAAGUGAAUUGGCAGCAUUAGCAGCGGAACAAAAAAUUGGCAUCGCUCAGAUGGAUUUAAGUGGUUCGUUGCAAUUACAGAGCCAAUACGCAAAUGUCAAAAUUGUACUGGUCCUGACAAAGGAUCGAGAAUUACAUAAGCAACGGUUAAUGGAAAAAUUUCAAAUAUUUACUUGGGUAAAGGACAGCAUUGAGAAUUUGUUAGCAGUGAAAAUAGGCAGGCGAGAUGCCAACAGAGAAAGCACAGAAUCUACAUCUAGUAAACUCGAUUACAUUUCAGAAAUUCUUAAUGAUGUAAUCGACGACCUAGAUUUACCCUUAUAUAGUACAAACAUUAGACCUCAGGGAACUGGAGCCACAACGACGGAUAUAAUAUUUCAAAGCCAAACCAUGUUACCAAAAGUGCUGAAGAUUAGAAGCCAGCUAGAAAUAGAAGAAAGGAAACAUAUUUCGUUUAAAAUGGAUGGAGAUGUAGAGAACACGAGUACCUGUUCCAACGAGAUGGCGGAACCUCCAUCACCUAAAUAUUUGGGAUUAAAAGUUAUUUUGGAUGAGAAAUCGAAUAUUAUCAUUGAUGAUGCAGAGACAAAGCGUAAGAAACACAGGGCAAGGGUCCUUUUUCGUCAUAAUGCAUUUGAAAUUAUCGAUGACCUUCCAGCACCCGACGAAGAAUUUGGAGAAUCAUUGUCCAGUGAAGAAUCUAUGGCAGAUUUGCUCCGCCGGAAACUUGCAAAACCAGAGGAUCUAAAAAAUAUGUACGUCGAAACUGUUCUAGCUUCGAGAAAUUUAUAUGAACGCUAUCACAAGAAUAAUCCAGGAUUUUAUUCUCUCGUGUUACUAACUGACGAUUUUAACAGUGCUUUUAAUACAUUCGUCGAUUUCCUUUAUGAAUUGUACGUAACUCACUCUUUCCGGAGGCCUGUAUGUCAUCCUGAACAUGAAAACUUAUCGGAGAUAUUAAUUCCGACCAAAGUGAUACCCAUAAUGCAAGAAUUAAAAGAAAGUUUGUCUACUUCGAAAAGUCAAAAAAAAGGAUUAAUUACGACACACGGUAUGUCAUCAUGGAAUCAGCCAACUCCUAAUCAACUAACGCAAGGGACUAGGAAAUUAUUUACUGACACCGAAUGAAACCUGAUUGGAAAAUCUGACAGUAGUACAAUGCUUGCCAAGUAAUUGAUUAGUUAUGUAUAAAUAACAUUACAACACCUUCGGGUCAAAAACCAUCAGACAAGUUUUGUGUAACUUUGUCUCGUUUAAACUUUUCGACUGGGACCAAUAAAGUAAAUUGAUAGGUAUUAAAUGUUUAUUGGAGCACAUAAGAUUAUGCAUUAUAUAAAGUGAUUUAGAUUGGUUUAGGAUAUUGAAUAUAAAACGUUAUUAAAAAUAUAACAUGUGCUUGAAUGUAGUAUGUAGCGUAACACCACUGUGAAUCAGUCUGACUUUUAUAAACAUUACUUGUACGUAUACAUUGUAAUCUUCUUACGAACUAGAUUUCCAUAAAUAGAAAUUUUACGAACGAAACAUCGCACACAAAAAAAAAAGUAUAUGGAUUUCUGAGGAACUUUCGUGUUUACUUGUUAACGUAUGACGUCGAUAAUUGUACAAAAAGCUCAAGUUACUUUGAUACAAAUAAUACGAUAUGUUCUAAGCCUUUCAAAUGGACAUGAAAAUGUAUGCGCAUUAUUUGUGCGUUAUUAUAUUAAUAUACAUUUUAACAUUAUAGUUUUGCAUCAUGAUAGCAUGACUGUUUUUGCAGUACUAUAAAAGUAAUAUUAAUAUGUAAAAAUAAUCGCACGUUAUCAUAUCUCUUAGCUUAUUUUCAUACGGUGUUCAUAUUAAUCUAUAUACAUAUUAUCAUCUUAUUCA